AUGGCCAAGUUACGAUCUUCACGCCAGUCGAGUUCGAGUUCCUUGAUCAGCUAUCACAGUGUUGAGCGACCGAACCCAACUUUAUCCGACAAUGAAAGAAGUUCCAAUUUCACCCUCGACAGCGAUUCCUCGCCUAGCAGCCCUCAACGCAUACAUCGAGUUCACUUCGGAGAAAAUCGGAGAUUCGAAUACGCAAGCAGGAGUACAGAUGAGGGGGUUCUCUCUCCUGGCACAUCUCACCUGCGACGCCGCCCAUCCGCUCAGACGUCACUCGACAUUACCGACGCAUCUCCUAGAGCUACACAACCUCCGAAUCCGCAGAGAAUAGAAGACGGGAACGAGAAGAAGGGGCAGUCUGGUGCGAAGUCUGAGAAAAAGUCCAAACGAGAGCGUCUAAGAGCGUUCAGGCAUUCAAUCAAGGCAAAGGCCUCGAACUUGGCUGCUCGCCUCGGUCGCCCGGAUGAAAUCAGCGAAGAUGACCUUCAGCCCAUUGACUAUCGGCGCCGCGGUACAGACACUGACCUAAAUUAUGGGCAAGACGAUGGUGAUAAAUUCAAUUGUAGUACCGAAGCACAUCGGAUCGUCCGUGAUUUGGCACAUGAUCCUUCUGGUCGUCGUCUUAGCACCCGCAGGGAGUCAGCCUUACAUCGUGCCGCCGGAGUUCCUUGCAACGAUGAUGAAUCCGAGCGGGAAGAGGAGCCUCGACGUGGUUCUGGAUCGGGAGGGGUUCUAUCUCAGCUUCUGAAGCUUAGCGGCGGCUGGGAUCAAUUUCAGAGAGGUGCGCGGGGACUCAAUUUGGCAAGUGAUAUGUUCUAUCCAUUUGGUGGGAGUACUCCAGGUACGACGACCCCUCGCAAGGAGAAAGUCAGAUGGUACAAGAAACAAGGAAAUGUUUCCACAUCGACCUUGGUCGGAGUUGGUAGUGCCAGCGGUGCAAGUACGCCCAUUACCGGCGAGCUCUUGACCGCUGCGUCUAGACGGCGGGACAAGCAUCGCAGACAUAGCAUGAGGCUGGAGGAGGAGAUCCAGGUGACCCUACAGAUCGCAGAGAUUAUUGCUCGACAGAGGUAUAUCAUGCAGUUGUGCAAGGCGCUGAUGAGGUUUGGGGCCCCCACCCAUCGGCUGGAAGAGUACAUGCAGGUCACGGCCAGGGUGUUGGAUGUCGACAGCCAGUUUCUCUAUGUUCCUGGAUGCAUGAUCAUGUCUUUUGAUGACGCCAGCACUCGGACUACAGAGGUCAAGCUGGUUCGGGUUGUCCAAGGUGUGGAUUUGGGACGCCUGGCUGAUACCCAUAAUGUGUACAAGAAUGUCAUACACGACAUGAUAGGCAUCGAGGAAGCAGGCAACGAGCUGGAGGAGCUGAUGACCAAGAAGCCCCGAUUCAACAGAUGGAUCAUCGUUUUUGUCUACGGGCUAGCCACCGCCACAGUGGGCCCUUUCGCGUUUGAUGCACGGCCGAUCGACAUGCCCUUGAUCUUCUUCAAUGGUUGUCUGCUGGGCUGUAUGCAGCAUGUCAUCGCACCACGUUCAGUCCUCUACUCCAACGUGUUCGAAGUGACGGCCGCUGUUUUAACCUCUUUCCUCGCCCGCGCAUUUGGAAGCAUAAAAUCCACAGCCUUUACCAAUGGAACAAGCGAUUAUCUAUUCUGCUUCUCAGCCAUUGCGCAAUCCUCUAUCGCCUUAAUCCUUCCCGGAUACACAGUCCUCUGCAGCAGCCUAGAACUACAGUCGCAUCAAAUUGUGGCCGGUUCCAUCCGCAUGGUUUACGCCAUCAUCUACUCGCUCUUCCUCGGCUACGGCGUCACCGUCGGCACCACCAUCUAUGGCCUAAUCGAUACUAACGCAACAUCCAACCUAUCCUGUCCCGCGGGCGGAGGAUUUGGAAACCCCUAUGCCCAGCGCUUUCCCUUCGUUGCUGCCUUCUCCCUCUGCCUUCUUGUCGUCAACCAAGGCAAAUGGAAGCAGUCCCCGAUCAUGAUAACCAUUUCCGUAGCCGGCUACAUCACCAACUACUUCGUCAGCUCCCGCCUCGGUUCCAACACCCAAGUCGCCAACACCGUCGGCGCGUUCACCGUCGGAGUCAUGGGCAACCUGUACAGUCGUCUCUGGCACGGCCACGCCGCCGCAGCCGUCCUCCCCGCUAUUUUCGUCCUCGUCCCAUCGGGUCUCGCAGCUACCGGAUCUCUGAUCACAGGUGUCGAUGCCGCAGACGAGAUCCGCUCCAACGUUACAAGAAACUCCAGUACUAGUAGCUCCGCGUCUGGCUCAUCUACCAACGACGUGUCGAACAACGUGCUCGGCUUCGGAAUGAUCCAAGUCGCCAUCGGCAUUACCGUGGGAUUAUUCGUCGCUGCGUUGGUGGUGUACCCGUUCGGAAAACGACGCAGUGGAUUGUUCAGUUUCUAGCCGACCCUUCGCGCUUUCCUUCUAUCUUUUCUUAACUGCCUUAAUACUCGCAUCUACAGCUACAGACUACAGUCUUUUGCAUCGCCAGUUCUCUUUGAUUUGCCUCCAUUGCACAAAACUCGCAUCUAUGAGCGAACGACCCUUAAUACAAAAGAAUAAAUAGUCAUGGGAGAGUGAGAAUGUCCUAUUUCGGAGCGUCGCAUCAUCUUCUUUCA